AUGACUGCCAGUUAUAACAUCAAAAUGUCUGAUGAUAAUUUAAUUGAAUUAUUAAAUGAAGCUAACGCCACGCCUCCUCCUCCAACCACCACUACCGUUAAACUUGCUCGUGAACCGUUUGCUGACAUUGAAAAUCGUCAACAAGAUGAAUCUGUACUGAUUCAAAUGAAGUGUUUA